AUGGAUAGGGAAGAGAAUAAGAGAAAACAAAGGAGAUUUCUGCCAUUGUGGAGGCAUAUAGUUCUUAAAACAUGUCUUCCAUCGUGUGCGGCAAGAGAUCUUCCUUCUUCGAGGAACUUCCAUCUAUCGCAUGUUUCUAAGAGAAUUCGCUGCUCUCCUUCAUCUCCUGUCCAACUUUUCCUAAAGAGGGCUAUAGAUGGAUCCUCCUCAUCUUAUUUUUUGGUCAUUGAUCAUCUCUCAACUCUCUUCACUAAUAUGGACAAACAGUUUAUUGAAAGGGUGCUAAAAGAAUGUGAUAAUGAUCUUGAAUUGGCCAUUAGAAGUUUGAAUGACCUACAGUUGAGGUUGGGGUCAGCUGAGAACAUGAACCUAGUUGGAGAAAAACCCAAAGCUACAUAUGAAGAUAAGACUCAUUUACAAGCUUCAAUUGAUCAUGUGCCUUCUAGUAAGGAUCUGGGUACCAUGCAUGGUGGAGAUUGGGUCAAACUUUUUGUGACGGAAAUGAUGAACGCUUCCAAUAUGGAUGAUGCCCAAAAUCGCGCUUCUCGAGCUCUCGAGGUGUUUGAAAAGUAUGUUAUUUCUUGUACAACUUAUCAAGCAGUCCAAACAUUUCAGCAAGAGACUAACACGUUGAAGGAAAAACUUGAAGCAUUGAUUUAUGAGAAUGGAAUACUUAAAAGAGGAGUAUCUAUUCAACAUAAACGAUAA